AUGCCACACAUAGUCUUGCUAGGGACGCUCGACACAAAGCUACCCGAGAUACUUCAUCUUCACUCCCGACUGGAAGCUCUCUCCUCGCCUGAUACAUCCAUCACCUUGAUUGAUUGCGGCCGUACACUCGUAAAACACCCUGCCAUCAGCAUCACUCAGGAUGAGCUGGUCACAAGAUACGGUACGAAGCAGGAACAAGACACUUUGCAAGAUCUGCCGCGCGGUGAAAUCAUCAAAUACAUGAUCAGUUGCACGACUUUAUGCAUCGGAGAACUACACAAAAAGCAGCCCAUACAUGGCAUUAUCAGUGCUGGAGGCAGUGGAGGCACUAGCCUGGCUUCAGCGGUAAUGCGAACUUUACCAAUCGGUCUGCCUAAGCUCAUCGCGAGCACAGUCGCUUCUGGAGAUACAGGUCCGAUCGUCGGCGAGACUGACAUAACGUUGAUGUACUCGGUAGUAGACAUAGCAGGGACCAACGAGCUUCUGAAAAUCAUUCUGAACAAUGCGGCUGCCGCCGUGGUCGGUAUGUCGUCAGCGUACGAGCAACAACUACAGCUCCAAAAGGACCAGAGCAAAGAGGCUCGCAGGCUACGUGUUGGCAUCACAAUGUUUGGCGUCACCACUCCCUGCGUUGACAAGAUCCGCGAGCAUCUCGAGUCGAACUAUGCAGUUGAGACAUACGUCUUCCACGCUACUGGACACGGAGGCAAGGCAAUGGAGCGGCUGGUCUCAGAAGGCCGCCUUGAUGCCGUGCUUGAUCUGACCACGACCGAGAUCUGCGACUUCCUCAUGGGCGGAAACAUGAGUGCUGGACCCGACCGUCUGGAAGCAGCUUUGAAAGCGGGUAUCCCGACCGUCAUCUCUUUGGGAGCUACUGACAUGGUCAAUUUCGGUCCGAAAGCAACAGUGCCGGAGAAAUUCCAGCAAAGGAAGCUGUUCGAACACAAUCCUACGGUGACUUUGAUGCGUACCACCAAAGACGAAUGCAGGGCUGUAGGUGAAUUGAUUGCGGACAAGAUCAAGCGCUUCGCUGCCGAUCUCAAGAAAGUGCAAAUCACACUACCGAAAGGUGGUGUUAGCAUGAUCGCUACGCCGGGUGGUGUUUUCGAGGACCGCGAUGCCGACGAUGCGUUGAUUGAGACAUUGGCAUCUCGAUUGCAGGACUCAGGAAUCACAAUCGUUCAUGACGAGAGGGACAUCAACGAUGAAGGGUUUGCUGUUGAUAUUGCCAACCAGCUGAUGGAACUGACGCAUCAUAAAUAA